GGCUUCGCGGUGCUUGUAGGGCAAGUGACAGAAGAAUAUAAACGCCGUUCUUAUUUUCUUUCUUCGUUUAUAAAGUAAUCGUGGGUUCUCCCGCUUUUAUUGGUAUAACUCAUCUGUUAUGUGUAUGACUGGUGAGAUUUGAUGGCGCACCGGAUUAUACGAGCGCUGUGAAGCAGCUGACAUGGUCCUAAAUGUGAAGACAGUCCUGCACAGAUCCGGUCUGUGGUCAUCACACACGAUUAUAAACGACUGGCCAGUGUCUGCAUCUGAUCCGCUGUGCAGGAGUGUGUUAGCUCGGGGCUGUGAUGUCUGUCAGGGUCAACCAGAUAACCUCCGCUCGGAUGAGAGGGUAGAUCAGGGCAAUGCUCGGCGGAGCAGUGGUUUCGGGAGUCCCAUCAUUCCCCCUCCACCGCGACUCCACGUCCAGAAGAGCAGCGUCUUCUCCAGGGCGCACGUCCACCUCUAUAUAAUAAACAUCAUAGCUCUGCUACUGUAUGUGCACUAUAACACGGGCUCUGGGGAGCAGGAUGUACCCCUGGAGAAGAGUGCUGAGCCCCAGACCUCCUCAGCGACCCUGAGCCCUGAGCUCUCCUUCCAGCUGCCGCGCCUCGAGGGCAUCCGGGUUGGACACGGUCAAAGAGUUUCUCUGGUUCCUGACGGGACCCAUAACAUGCGCACCCUCAGCUUGAAGCCACUGCUGUUUGAGAUCCCGGGGUUCCUGAGUGUGGAGGAGAGCCCAGACCAGCUCUUCAGUCAGCUCGACCUGAACCAGGACAGCCUUCUGCAGAGACACAAGAUUGUGAGUCUGUCCCAUUCGACUGAUGGAUCUUGGCUGAGCUCAUACAGUUUACGGAAAAUUCACACCGGGCUUGAGACUAACCCUUCUGUGACCCGUUUAACUCAACUGCCGUCCUCAUUGGCCGAUCUCAGCGAGCCAAUGGAAGUCGUCCGUUAUGAGCAGGGUGGCUACAGCCACGCCCACCACGACAGCAGCCCCACCAAUCACGACAGCAGCUGCGCCCACACACACCUGGCAGCUAAUACCUCCACCUCCAAGCAGGUCGCAUGCAGGUACAUCUACUGCCAUAAUAAAAAGGCGAUAUCUGUCCUGCUGCAUCUGAACUCGGCGGAUGCAGGUGCAGAGACCAGCUUCCCUGUGGCUGACAACAGGACAUACGAGGAGGAGGUGAGCCAUUUCCUGUUUCUAUGGCAACAGGGGGAGGUCUUAGGUGAUCUCUCUCAGCAGUACUGUGAUAAAGGUAAUCUGAAGGUCAAACCUGUAGCUGGAACCGCUCUGCUGUGGUACAACCACCUCUCCGAUGGAUAUGGUUGGGUUGUAGAGCUGGAUGAAUUCUCUCUGCACGGCGACUGCUUAGUCACUCGGGGCUUCAAAUGGACAGGAAGUGUGUGGGUGAACAUCGACCCUGACCAGCGGCGGCAGGAGCACUAUCAGCGCCUGGUCUCAUGGCAUCCAGACGGGCAAAGCAAAAAGCCAGAGCACGGAGACCUUCACCAAGACCUCUGAACCAGACGAUCAGACAGCUGAUCCAGAUUCAGUUUCUGCUAAUGUGAAUGAAGCCUUGUUUAGGAAAGUAAAAGCUGGUGCUGUAAGAGAUCCCCGCUGCUGUGAGCUUUACCUUUAUAUAGCUGUCAGCCCCUGCUCCGGUGACAUAUCAUUUAAUAUUCAUGAGCUCAACAGGGAAAUUGCUUUCAAUAAUAGCUAAACGUUCACAGACACAUAGUUUGCUGGUGUCGCACAACUUAUUUAGUCCCUAUUUAUGAAAGAGUUUAAGUCAGUGUGGUUCAGAGUUAUUAUUUAUUUGUCAAUUAGCUAUUUAUUUAAUUAUUUAUUAUUUAUUCAUAUAUAUCAAAUGUGUGGUGUUUACAUAUAUAUAGUCACAUAAUGUGUGUCUAUCUCAGGUUUGGUUAUGCACAGGUUGUCUUUUUCCAUUUUAAUGCGCUAUUUCAAGCAAAGAAAUUGUCAGAUAUGCAAGUUAAAUUAAUUAUGAAAUAAAUUCAUACUUAUAUUAGAGUGAA